AUGGUGUAUGAAACUUCGUAUGGCAUUGGACCAAAGCCAUUUUCCCCCGAUCCAAAUCGAGGAAAAUGGGAGAAACCCACGGACUAUAUAUUUGCUUGUGUUGGCUUAGCUCUUAAAAUGGAAGUCUUUGAUUUCACUUAUUAUGAACACUACCAAUUGGGCAUUCUUCGAAUAUUGGUGUAUUUUGUGUAUAUGGUAAUAUAUUUGGUUCCAAUCAUCUUCAUCCACUCUUUCAUGGGUCAGUUCUCCAGCAGUGGAUUCAUCUCCGCCUUACGUCUGUCUCCUUUUUUUAAGGGCAUGGGAUACUUAAGCGUUUUCCUGUCUCUCUCCAUGCUCAUUUACUACAGCAUUUAUGCUGCUAUUCCGCUUUUGUUCAUAAUAAACUCCUUUCGACCCACUUUACCGUGGAGCUGUGAAGGCUUAACAGCUUGGUUCAAUGAGAGCUCUGAGCGAUCAACUAUAUGCAAUCAGUCAAUUAGUAGGGAGAUUUUGCAAUUCCAAAACCACACAACUAAAAUGAAACUGCAAGUACCCUCCGUGCUCUACUUUGAUAAUCUCUUCGACAGUAAACGAGAGAACGAAGAUUUUGAUAUUAAUGAUGACUAUGAGCUGUCCUGGCAUUUUGUUGGCUUCUUCGCUCUAACCUGGGCAAUUAUCGCCUUUAUUUUUUAUAAAUUUUCGGGGACGGCAAAGUUUGGAAAAUUUAUACGCUACAUGGUUAUUGCAACACUGUUUCUUCUUUUAGUGUGCUUCGCGCGCUUCCUUUUUCUUCCAGGUGGUUUUUCCUGGGUAAACAAAUUCACAGCUCCGAAACCACCUGAUUGGGAAGACGUUUCCGUUCCAACAUUUCUAAUCGCUAUGCAGGCGUUUGGAGCUGGCUGGGGCAGUGUGAUAGCCCUUUCCAGUUUUAAUGAUUUCAAAACCGACAUUAUGUCGUAUAGUUGGUUUAUAUCCUUGGGGCAAACCUUUAUUUUCAUAAUGUUUGGCUUAGUUUCCUUUAUGCUGGAACACUACUUUACAGAGCUUUUUGAAGAGUCCGAAAAAACAAAUGUGAUAAACAUUUGGGUGUUGAUUUUGUCUAGUGCCAGUGCUUUGUCCACAAUGGGUUGGCCAAACAUGUGGACAAUUAUUUAUUACACCACGAUAUUUAUGGGUACUGUUAUUUUGAUGACGACGCAAAUAUUCACAGUCCUGCAAAGUUUGUUUGAUGAGUUUGAGGAGCUAAGGGCGAGAAAAUCGGAGACAACCUUUGGCCUUAUUGGUGGCCUUGCAGUCUGUUCCUUAUUCUUUUGCACCAAUUUUGGUAUUUCUUUUUUUUGUUCUUUCUAUGCUGAUGCCAUUUUCUCACACAAUUUGCUGCAUUUACUGCUUAUUUUGGUGGUUUUGUGGAUCUACGGCCGAGAACGCUUCCAGCGGGACAUAGAGUUUAUGUUGGGUCAGCCGUUUGGCUCCUGGAAGGUUUUUAUACUCCGCUUCAUUGCUCCAAUUUUGUUUUUGAUUUGUAUGCGCAUGGGAAUAUAUUGGUCCAUAUGGAAUCACUUUUACACUACACUGUGGACACUUGUGAUGUGCAUUAUUGUGGUGUGGUUACCCAAUUUGGCCAUACCUGGCUACGCUCUUUACUGCCUUGCCCACAGCACGGGAACCGUAUGGGAUCGCUUGAGACGCACCUGUCGACCCAGAGAUUGGUAUCCGGUGGAUAUGGAAUACCGCCAGAAGUACGAGGAAGGUCUAGGAAUCAUUGAGACCCAUCAGCUUGUCAAGGUUACCGAAGAGGCCAACUGAGUGGUGAUACAAUUAUUAUAAAAAUGUACAAAAUGUUAUAUAUAUGAGUACUUUCAAUAUACUGGCAAAAA